CCGAAACUGGUCAGACGAGCCAAGGUGGGAAUAAAGCAUCUAUCAAGAGCGAGGUUUUUAUUUAGCAGAAACCUUUAUCUGCUCAAAGCACGGAUUAUCACUUCACUCCGGAGCCAACAUUGAAGUGUGCGAUGUGGAAAAUUUACAGCUCUCUACUGUAACCUGAUAUCAACUGAUUUUGAGAGUAGAUUUUUUUAAUUCAUCGUUGGGUCACAUAACACAAGGGAAUACAGGAUGAUCUUCGCAAAUACGUCCAACCCACUGAGAACUCCGUCAUAUCGAAAGCAGCCUCCUGUUGCUCCGCCCACCCUCCCGAUGGCCCCGCCCAGCCCGAGCACCAAUAGCAGCACCAACAACAGCAGCAGCAGCAGCAGCAGCAGCACAACCGGCUGGGAGCAACUCAGCAAAACAAACCUCUACAUCCGCGGGUUACCGCCAGGAACCACUGAUCACGACCUGGUCAAGCUCUGCCAGCCAUAUGGUAAAAUCGUGUCCACCAAAGCCAUUUUACAACAGGAGCAGGACCCGACUAACCUGUACCUGUCCAACCUGCCCGUGUCCAUGGAUGAGCAGGAGCUGGAGAACCUACUCAAACCUUUUGGACAGGUCGUCUCCACCCGAAUCCUCCGUGACACUAACGGAGUGAGUCGGGGAGUGGGUUUUGCCAGGAUGGAAUCAACAGAGAAGUGCGACGCCGUGAUCUCUCACUUCAAUGGGAAAUUCAUUAAGUCCUCCUCUGGGAUGCUGGGUGCAUCAGAACCAUUGCUGUGUAAGUUUGCUGACGGCGGGCAGAAGAAGAGACAGAGUCAGGUGAAAUACAUCCCCAAUGGACGAACCUGGACACGAGACGCCGAGAGUGGAAUGACCUUGACCUAUGACCCUAACACCGCCCUUCAGAAUAGGUACUAUGCUGCUCCUUAUGCCAUGGGGAACCGGUUAAUGGCUCAGCCAGGAGUGUCCCCAUACAUCUCUCCCAUCUCUGCAUACCAAGUACAGAAUCCUUCAUGGAUGCCACAUCAGCCUUACAUCAUGCAACACCCGGGAGCUGUUCUGUCGCCCUCUAUGGAGCAUCCCAUGUCACUGCAGCCCUCCGCUAUGUUGGCUCCCCUCACCCAGCAGAUGGGCCAUCUCUCUCUGGGCAGCACUGCGACCUUUAUUCCUGCCAACACAGGAAUGUCAGGAGCUUACAUUCCUCAAUAUGCCCACAUUCAGCCUUCUGCCAUCCCUCCUGAGGUCAGUCCCACACUCAGGUUAUCAAUGACAGUUAUACCACGGCUGCUACAGUCUUCUGAAUUGUCUAGAUGUCGGGAGCAGGAACAGAAACACAUCAAGUGUGAAGCACUGCUAGCAGAACAGAGGCAGAAAAGACUGGAGAGAGAGCUUUCUCAUCCAGCGAAACCAGCAAGUGGCACAGAGAACAACUUUAAUCUAGUUCGUAAGUGUGGACACAUGAUCAUCUCUAAGCAGUUGGACGGAGGGAAGACUUGA